AUGGCGAAGAGAACCCACUCUCCGGGCCUGCAGAUGUCCCCCGUGAGCGAGGGUAGGGAGUCCCUCACCGACGACGCGAUGGAGCUGAACAGGAUGGGCGAGAUACAGACGAAGGAUGUGGUGUGUUCUCCAAACACGCCGGACGUGGAUGCGCUGGUGUACACAGCGACGCAUCAGCCGCGCAACUGCUUCACUGCUAUGUUGAGCAAGGCUGUGCCGCACGGCGGGAUGCUGUCGAAUUCGUACAACCUUGCUGCUGUAACGCUGGGGUCCGGUGUGAUUGCACUGCCGUCUGCGUUCCGGGCGAUGGGUAUGAUUACUUCGAUCCUCACGCUGCUCAUCAUCACGUUGAGCACUGUGUACUCAGUGUACAUCAUGAUCCAGGCUGCGGACAAGACAGGGCGGCGAUUGUACUCGUACGAGGCACUUGCGCGCGGGCUACUUGGGCGUGGGUGGGACUACCUCGCUGCGUUUCACAUGUGGAUGUUCUGCUUCGGGUCGUGUGUGUCAUACGUGAUCUCAACGGGCAACCUGCUGUCGCGCGCGACGGACGACCCAUCGGUGAACAGCUUCGUGCGGUCUCCGUGGGGAAACCGCUUGCUUGUGGCGAUGAUCUGGGCGUGCGUGAUGCUGCCACUGUCGAUCCCGAAGACGAUCAACUCGCUGCGUUAUUUCUCGAUCAUUGGUGUGACGUGUAUGAUGAACUUUGUGAUCGUCAUCGUCGCCCACUCUGCGAUGAACGGGUUUGAGAACGGGCGGCCGAUUCACCAGCCGAAGAUGUUCAAGACUGGCAACAGCGCGGUUGUGGGGUUCUCAAGCAUCUUGUUUGCGUUCCUUGCACAGACGAACGUGUUCGAGGUAGCGCGCGAGACACCGAAACCGACACCCUGGCGGAUCUCGAGGGACAUUGCGAUCAGCCAGGUCGUCUGCUGCGCGCUGUACGUGCUCGCGGGCGUGUUCGGGUACCUGGAGUUUGGCGAACAAAUAACAGACUCGAUUCUGCUGUACUACAACGUGCGCAGAGACGUGCUUAUUAUGAUUGCCUACAUUGGGAUCGCCGUGAAGAUGUGCGUUGGAUUUGCGCUCUGCAUGCAGCCGUCGCGCGACGCGGCGUACUACUGCCUUGGCUGGCACUUCCCGCUGUUCAAGGACAUCCGGACAGUGCCGUUCUGGCUGAACGCUGUAAUCUGCACUGGGUUCUCUCUGCUUGCACUUGUGCUGGGGCUCUUCAUUCCAAGUGUAAACAUCGUGUUUGGGCUUGUUGGCAGCUUCUCCGGCGGGUUCCUGGGGUUCAUCUUCCCGGCGCUGUACAUCAUGUACGCUGGCAACUGGGGCCUGCGACAGGUGGGCUGGGUCCACUACCUCUCGACGUACCUGUUGCUGGUCGCCGGCGUGGUUGCUGUUGUGUUCGGCACGGUCGCCUCGAUCUACGAGGUCAGCUGA